AUGUCCUCGAUUUCGUCCUUGACGGCUUCCCAGCCCUCGACGCCGGAACGUCCACCAUAUUCUCCUCCGCUAGAGCAUCCAAUUCAACCCGACCACUUCUAUUCCAAUGACUCUUUACCCCUCCCGCCUUCAACCCCUCCAACGGCCCAUUCAACAAGCCGACCAUAUCUAUCCCCAGAUGACGACCCCCUUGCUAGCCGCGGGAUUCCGGUAUUCAAACCGACAAUGGACGAGUUCAUCGACUUCGAGUUGUACAUGACUCGCAUUGAGCGCUGGGGACGCAGGUCUGGGAUCGUCAAAGUUAUUCCUCCGAAAGAAUGGAGAGAUAACGUGCAGGACAUAAAGCCUCAGCUUGCCGGUGUGAAGAUUAAGAGCCCUAUAGAGCAAUGCAUGCGAGGACGAGCAGGUUUGUUCCGGGUGGAGAACAUGGAGAAGCGCAAAGUUAUGAGCGUCCGAGAAUGGGCUGAGCUCUGUGCCAAGGAGGAGUACCAGGCCCCUGGUGUAUCGCAAGUCGGUGUUCAUCACAACCCAAACAGAAAGCAGCGCAGAGAAAAACAGGUCAAACAAGACGCGACGGCUCAAGACCGACGCGUUGAACGAGCCCACAAAGACGCGUCUUUUGCUGAAUCAUUCAGCCCUCAUACUGAUUGGUUGCCACACGACACAACUGCUGACGACUAUACUCCCGAAUUUUGCGCCAAGUUGGAGCGUGCUUUCUGGCGAAAUUGCGGACUCGGAAAACCGGCAUGGUAUGGAGCGGACACCAUGGGCUCUCUCUUCACGAACUCCACUUCUUCUUGGAACGUUGCUAGCCUCCCCUCAACCCUCUCCCGUCUUCUUCCAAAGUCCCAAGGUCUUCCUGGAGUCAAUACUCCGUAUCUCUACUUCGGAAUGUGGCGUGCGAGCUUUGCUUGGCAUGUUGAAGAUAUGGACCUCUUCUCUAUCAACUACAUCCAUUUUGGUGCUCCCAAAUUCUGGUAUGCGGUCCCACAAGGUCGCGCUACCGCGUUAGAGAACACGAUGAGAGGUUACUUCCCCAAAGAUGUUUCGAACUGCCCUCAAUUUCUACGGCACAAAGCUUUUCUAGCCUCCCCAACACUCCUCGCACAAUCGUCAGUGCGUCCAAAUCAUCUCGUACAGCACGCAGGAGAGUUCGUCAUCACAUAUCCGCGAGGCUAUCAUGCGGGCUUCAACUUGGGCCUCAAUUGUGCAGAAAGUGUCAACUUCGCGCUCGACAGCUGGCUUGACGAGGGUCGCAAGGCAGGCAUAUGCCAAUGUGUGGACUUCAGUGUGCGCAUCAAUGUGGAUCAACUUUUGGAGGAUCGUCGAAUGGAUGCUCUUGAACGGGCAGACCCACGUGCUGCUGAUUUGGCUCGCGCAACUCGAAAUCCUGUUAUGAACAAGGAGGUCCAGGAAAACUCUGAAACACUCGAACGAACGACUACAACUUUUGUCAAACAUAAUAGUCCCCGGAAACGUAAGCCGGCUAUGCCCUUUGAGCCAAUAGCCGCCUCAAAGAGACCUCGUACCGCCUCCCUUCCUUUACAGCGGCCCGUUGAGUCCACAAAAUCCUCUCUUUUCAAUCACGGAGGGCCUGGACCUAGAAUCACUCUAAAACUCGGACCACCACCGCCAUUGCCCAAACCCUCCCCCAGCGGAAGCUAUCCUUGCUGUGUGUGUGUUGAUCCAAGUACUGUUGGUCUCGUCCGGGUUCAUGAUCUACCUGCAUUGUGGCGGGAGUUGUGUGCUACAGCACGUCUUCACUACCGCGCUGACGGCAAAGGUCCAGGAGCGUGGAUGAUUCACCAGUACUGUGCCAUGGUUUUGCCAGAGACCUGGGUUGACCAAAUUGCCGGUGAACGAGUCGCUUUUGGUCUCGACGGAAUCGUGCGUGGGCGAUGGAGUUUGAAAUGUUCUGUUUGCACCCAUCCCAAUGCCAAGGGACACGGUGCUCUUAUUCAGUGUGCCAAAGGGAAAUGUCCCAAGUCUUUCCACGUUAACUGCGCAAGAGAUGGGCAGUCCAGUGGUAUUCGAUACAACAUUCGGGACGUUGACAAAGAGGUUGUUCUCGUUGAACCUGCCUCGUAUACCACUGCUCAGUUAUCCACGCCGCCCGAUGUUCGUGUUCUCAAGGUAAUAAAGAAGAUUGAAGUUGAGGCUUAUUGUCCUCAACAUAACCCUAUCCUGGUUGCCGAGCGUCGUGCCUCUAAACAAGAUGCUUUAAAGGCUGAAAUACUAUCCCUGCCCCUGUUUUCUCGUGUAAAGAUUCGUGUAAGCUCUGGCUUGUUCGAAGUCACACUUAUCCGUGUCUUGGAGGAGAAGCAGAGUGUCCAGGUGCUGUGGGCUGCUAACGAGGUUCGGGAAGUUAGAUGGGCCAACCUCUUACUAGCGUCAAACACUUCUGCUCACCUAGUUGAGGUUCCUACGUUAUACUCCCCGACUAUCAACGAUUCUUCUGAAACGCAACCGCCGGUCCAACCACUUGGGCAAUACUGGACAAGUCAAGCGCCAUCAUAUCCAAAUCGGCUCCUCUCUUGA